GGAAGAAGAAGAAGAAGGCUACCCGGCAUGUGCAUUAUCCAUCACGUCGGUUGGGCCGCAUGAAAUGUGUGUGGCUGAUAACCCGCUGGAUAAAAAAAGGACACCGUUUUAGCUACGUUGUUUUCAUAAAGUUGUAGUUAAAGUAACAAAAUGCCGAAGAAAUCGAAAGACGCAGAGUGGGUGGACGAUGACGUCUCCUCGGCAGCUGCAGAAAAAACUGUGAAGAAAGGAAAGAAAGACAAAAAGGGGAAAAAGAGUUUCUUUGAAGAACUCUCCACAGAAAGCAAAGCUGAAAAGGUGGAUGAGGUGGCUGUGAAAGACACACAAGGAAAACAGCCUCAGAAAAAGAAGAAAGACCGGCGGAAAGGAAAACGUGGAGAUGCAGAUGAGGAUGCUGAUGAUGAAGAUGUGAUGCUGAAGCUGAAAAAGCUCUCUGUGCAAGCAAGUGAUGAGGAAGAUGAGCCAGUCCCUGUCCCCAGCAAAGGAAAGAAGACUAAGGGUGGAAACAUUUUUGCUGCUCUCAGCCAGGGCCACAGUGAUGAGGAUGAGGACGCUGAUUCAGAUGAGGAUAAACCAGAAACAAAGGAGGUUGAGAAGGGCAAGAAAAAACAUAAACCUAAGCCCAGGAAAGUGAAGGCUGCAUCUGACGAGGAGGAGGAGGAGGAGGAGGAGGAGGCAGAGAAGGAUGAUGGUGAAGAAAAAACUGCAAAUAAGACCAAGAAGGUAGAAGUCAAGUCCAAGUCACCAGAAAACGAUGAGGACGAAAAGCCAAAGAAAGGGAAGAAAGAGCAACAAAAGAAAGAAAAACCUGCUCAGCGACCACACAGCGAGGAUGAGGAGGAGGAGGACAGUGAUGGUGGUGGCAUGAUGAUGAGUGCUGAGGACGUCAUAGCAGAACAGGCCAAGCAGCAGGAAGAUGAUCCGCUGGCUAACCUUAGCAAAAAGGAGAAGAAGAAGAAAAAGAAACAGAUGGAGUAUGAGCGGCAGGUGGCCAGUGUUCGAGCUCAGAAUGCUUUGGAGGGAGAUUUCUCCAUUUCCCAGGCUGAGAUGUCCUCUAGACAGGCCAUGCUGGAGAAUGCCUCUGAUAUCAAGCUGGAGAGGUUCAGUAUAUCUGCUCACGGCAAGGAGCUUUUCGUCAAUGCUGACCUUUUGGUUGUGGCUGGAAGAAGAUAUGGUUUGGUUGGGCCAAAUGGCAAAGGAAAGACCACAUUACUGAAACACAUAGCCAACAGAGCGCUCAGUAUUCCCCCCAACAUUGAUGUGCUGCUGUGUGAACAGGAGGUGGUAGCUGAUGACACGCCGGCGGUGCAGGCGGUGCUGAAGGCCGACACCCGCCGCCUGAAGCUUCUGGAGGAGGAGAAACGGCUCCAGAUUCGUCUGGAGAGGGGAGAGGACUGUGUGGCUGAGAGGCUGGAGAAGGUCUAUGAAGAGCUGAGGGCAAUCGGAGCUGCAGCAGCUGAGGCCAAGGCCAGAAGGAUCCUGGCUGGUUUGUCAUUUACCCCUGAGAUGCAGAACAGACCCACCAAAAGGUUCUCUGGAGGGUGGAGAAUGAGAGUCUCCCUCGCCAGAGCUCUGUUCAUGGAGCCCACUCUCCUGAUGCUGGACGAACCCACCAACCACCUGGACCUGAACGCCGUCAUCUGGCUCAAUAACUACCUUCAAGGCUGGAAGAAGACUCUGCUCAUAGUUUCCCACGACCAGAGUUUCCUUGACGAUGUGUGUACAGAUAUCGUCCACUUAGACAACCAGAAGCUCUACUAUUAUAGAGGGAACUACUUGACCUUCAAGAAGAUGUACGUGCAGAAGCAGAAGGAACUGCAGAAACAGUACGACAAGCAGGAGAAGAAACUCAAAGAGCUGAAGGCAGGUGGCAAGUCCACCAAACAGGCUGAGAAGCAAACUAAAGAUGUCCUGACCAGGAAGCAACAGAAAGGCAAGAAGAAGGGAAGUCAGGAGGAGGAGAGCCAGGACGCCACAGAGCUUCUGAAGAGGCCUAAAGAGUACACCGUCAAGUUCACCUUCCCCAACCCACCUCCCCUCUCACCACCCAUACUGGGACUUCACAGUGUUGACUUUGGCUAUGAGGGUCAGAAGCCACUUUUCAAAAAUGUGGACUUUGGAAUUGACAUGGAGUCCAGGAUUUGUAUAGUUGGACCCAAUGGUGUGGGGAAGAGUACCCUGCUGCUGCUGCUCACUGGGAAAUUAACCCCGACCAAAGGUGAGAUGAGGAAGAAUCAUCGCCUGAAAGUGGGCUUCUUCAACCAGCAGUAUGCUGAUCAGUUGAACAUGGAGGAGACCGCCACAGAGUACCUGAUGAGGAACUUCAACCUUCCUUACCAAGAUGGCAGGAAGUGCCUGGGACGUUUUGGCCUAGAGAGCCACGCCCACACCAUUCAGAUCUCCAAACUUUCCGGUGGUCAGAAGGCCAGAGUAGUGUUUGCUGAGCUGUCCUGUCGUCAGCCUGAUGUGCUGAUCUUGGAUGAACCCACCAACAAUUUGGACAUCGAGUCAAUCGAUGCCUUAUCAGAGGCCAUCAAUGAAUACAAAGGAGCUGUGAUCAUUGUGAGUCACGAUGCCCGGCUCAUCACAGAGACUCAGUGCCAGCUGUGGGUAGUGGAGGACUGCACAGUCAACCAGAUCAACGGAGACUUUGACGAUUACAAGCAGGAGGUGCUGGAGGCUCUGGGAGAGACCAUGGUCAACAAGGUCAACCCAUGAUCGCACAGGCACUGUCAGGACACGCUGCACCAUCUGGACCGGCCAACAUGUCUCACAAAGUAACAGAUAAUAAAAAGAAAAUUGGAUUUGUUGGAAAGUAUCUAUUCCUUUCAUCUUUUAAUAGGUUGGAGACAAAUACUGGAGAGAUUAUCCUACCAUGCAUUCUAUUAAUAUAGAGGGAGGUAAAUGUCUUGAAUCAUGACCUGUGGUCUAGAUCUUAAGCUUAAUAAUAAAAGAAAUCCAUUUCUCAU